AAGGCAUAGGAAAAUUUUCUUUCCUUAACAUUGGCCAAACUGUGGCGUUUCUUUUUGUUUAUAGUUAAUACUAAACUCACUUCACUUCGUUUAUCCAGUGAUAGUAAAUAUUUGUAUUCGUUCGUCGAUAAUAAAAUUUGUUUCACUCAAGUGAUUGACAUAGUACAGUUAAACGUUAUUAGGUUUUAAAAAGAAAAAUCAUUUUUAAACAAAUACUUAAUAAAAUCUAAAAUAUCUAGAAGGAAAUUUUAUUCCUUCGAGUGUUUAUUCUAUUUUCAAAUGAAAUGUACAUUAAAGAGAUCAUGACAAUUGCCAUAUAUAAUGCUUUCAACUUUGACCUACUGAUAAGAAUGUAGGCAAUAGAAAAAGUUGUAUUGUACAUGGAUAAAGAUACUGAACUAUUCUUAGAUGACUUACGUAAGAGGAGUAGAACUUUGUUAGAUUUUACCAAAAAAAAUUCUAAGAAAAUCAAUAAUGAAAUUAAAAGAUCAUAUUUACAGAAUUCAACAUUAGAAAGAAAGAAUUCUCAUUUAAGAAGUCAUAAAGAAAUAUGGAAUUUGAGAAAUGAUUCAAGUGCCGUUAACAAUCUUUUACAUUUGGAUAAUCAAUUUGAUAAUAAUAAUCAAACGUAUACGUCUCUUUCUAAUAUGCGACCUUUAGAUAAAAUCGUUAUACCAUCCAAAAAUUUAUCCCAUUCGCAUAAUUCUUACAUGGUAAAAAGAAAACCAGUGAAAGAAUGUUAUUGCAAUGUUGAAGUUAAAAAGAUACAAUCUAAUUCUUCAAAGGUCAUACAUAAAUCUAAUACAUUAUGUAAUUAUUGUAAAAAUCAUAUUUGUCGUCAAGUAACAUUGCCUAUAAAUGAAAAUAAUAUUGAAGACGCAUUAACUCCACCAAUUAGUUGUGAAACAAUUAGAAGAGUAGAAAAAAUCAAUUAUUAUCCUCAAUCACAAUUUCUUCGCAACGUUCAAAAAAAAGUUUCUGUUUUAAAGGACGUAUCCUCGGGUGAUACUUGUCCUGAUACUUGUCCGAGAUCAUUGCAUUGUCACAAAUUAAAAACCAAUAAAACAUCAUAUCUAACGGAUACUGAUAAUCAAUCAAAAUUUAUCACUGAUACAAUUAACAAAUCUAAUACUAUUGACUUUGAUAAAUUCGAUUCUAUUCAAAGAGUAUCAAGUUCUAUGACAGACGAGGAAGAAGAACAAAGUCAAGAAGAAAUAAUAGAAAAAGUAAGUAAGAGCAUUCAAGUGCCUUUGAGAAAACCAUCUAAAACAAAGUUUCUUGUAAAGAGGACUAUUUCUUCCAAAAAAUUGAUACCGGAUGGACGUAAAGAAAAAUCUACUUCGAGAUCAUCUAUUGACAUUAAAAAAACCAUAAGAUCAUCCACUACGGAUUGUCAAUGUUAUAAAAAUAAAGGAGACAAAUUUACCGAUGAUUUGAAAAGGAAAGAAUUAAAUACAUAUCGUAUUUAUCCAAAGGAUUAUGAGGAAGAUGAUAGAGAAUCAAAAAAAUCGUCAUUGAGGGAUGAUAAAGAUUGUCAAAGGAAAACUUUAAAAUCUUUGACCAAUGAAGUUAGAGAAUUGAGAAAGUUUCGUGAAGAAAAUUAUUUUGAUACUCAUGGAUCGGGUCAAACACUUUUGUCAUCGGAAUCUUCAGGAUCGUUACAGCAAUAUAUGUUAAACGAUCGACUUUUUGCAGAACCCAUUAAAAGGAUUCAUAGAAAAGAUUUGGUCGUAACUAUGCCACCUUGUGCUACGAUACAAAAAAAACGCGUUCAUUACUUUCCUAGAUAUAUAGUAAGACAAGAGAAGAGUACUUGCAAUACAAAUUAUAAGAAAAAACGUUGCCAAAGUUGUCCAUUGACAGGACAUGCCAUAGAUCUUGGUAUUUCUAAACCACGUCCAGUGUUAAAUAGCUUGGCAUUAAAAUACCAAAAGAAACUUCCUUAACGAAGUAUUUUUAUAGUUUAAAUAAUUUUUUCUAUUAGACGUACCACACGAUUCUAAUUAUACACAUGUAUGUGUGUGUGUGUGUGUGUAUGUGUGUGUGUAUGUGCGUGUAGAUAUAUAUAUAUAUAUAUAUAUAUGUAUAUAUCUGUUUUUAAUAGUACAGAAAAGUAAUUUUUAUCUAAAUCUUUUAAAAGAAUCAUUUUUUUAAUUAGAUUUUCUUCAUGAACCAAAACAUAGCUGAUUUUUGAUCUUAUUGAUCAUUCAAAUCAUUAUUCAUGGCAAUAAUUUUCUCUAUAGGAUAUUGAGAUCUCAUUUCUUUUUUUUU